GAGAGGCAGACAUCAGGCUGAUUAGCGGCUGCACAACUCGACGCUUCGUCCUCUUCGGUGCGUUGUUUUACGCUCUGACGUCAUCCGAAUGCGGAAGAGGGAGGGGGCGGAGCCUUCUCGAAGAUGGCGUUGCUGCGCUGUCGGCGGGAUCCUUGCGGGGUCGUCUGCCUCGUUUUGACCUAUUUCAGCGUCUUCUACGCGGACUACGUGGUGGUCCAAUACGUGCUCAUCCCCGCGUACUCGGACAGUGUGUGGUGCACCCUGCAUGGAUCUGCAUUCAACGUCAUUCUGCUGCUACUGCUGGCCUGCCACUCCAAGGCCGUGUUCUCGGACCCUGGUGUGGUGCCCCUCCCUGAGACUGCGCUCGACUUUUCAGACCUCCGCUCACAGUCGUCGCGGAUGAGCGACCGGGGGUGCGAGGGCUGGACUGUGUGUAGCCGCUGUGAAACCUACAGACCCCCCCGGGCGCAUCACUGUCGUGUGUGCCAGAGAUGUAUACGCCGCAUGGACCAUCACUGCCCCUGGAUCAAUAAUUGCGUGGGAGAGCUAAACCAAAAGUAUUUCAUCCAGUUCCUCUUCUACACGGGUGUGGCCAGCCUGUACUCCAUGCUGCUGGUGGUGUCGGCCUGGGUGUGGCGCAUCAGGAGCGAGCAGGAGGGUGACGCCCAGAAGGAGGUGGAAGACACACCAAGCAAGCAUCUGAUUGUUGCGCAUUACAUCAUCCUGCUUGUGGAGUCUGUCCUCUUUGGAGUCUUCGUCUUGGUCAUCUUUUAUGAUCAGUUGGCCUCAAUCGUCAGCGACGAGACACCCAUUGAGCAGAUGAGGAACAGGCUGAUGAUGAAGGACAGAGGUUCCUCCUCUUUGCAGCCGCCUCACCACGCAACACACACGCGUAAGCCCAAGCUGGCAUUGCUGCGGGAGGUUUUCGGACGAGGUUCGGUCUUCUGCUGGCUCCUCCCGCUACACUCCAGCGCCCCUUCAGUUGGCGGUGUUGCCUACUCUGCCCUCCCCGACUACGACGUCUGACCUGUGAGCAGAGGCUCGUGAAUGUUCCGCCUAACGAGGAAGAGAGCAGAUGAAGAUGUGCCUCAUGGACUCGUGCACUUGGUUCCGCCUGUGUCCUGCAGCUUAGUUCCCAGGAUUCUUUCCUCAAGUUUACUUUCAGUGUUAACACUGGGGAAUAUUUUCCAUAUUUAAUGAGAAAGUUAUAAAAAAUUUGAUAGAAAAUGAGAAUAUGUAGCCCGGCAGGCAACUUAACUCUCUCAUGGAAUGUCAAGGACCUUCCUACAAAUGAUCCCAUGCUGCAUUUUGUCCGAAUGGACCUCAUUCCCCGGCUGUGCCUCAGUUCGCACACUUCCGUACUUGGGGAUUAACUCGAGUGAUAGCAAUUCACAAUUAAAAAGGAGAGAGUUGGUUAAAUACUGCAAUCACCAAAAUGUGCACACUCAGGAACUAAAGUCACAGUGUACACAGUAUACUUCAUAAAGUGUACUGACAAAAGUAUUCUGUUUGAGACACUAUCCCAGUCAUUCCAUGACCGUGCCUCUGGAAUACUUUAGUCAGUACACUUCAAUGUGUACUGUGUCCUUACUACAGUUCUUUUUGACAGCAGUGUCGUCCCAAACCAAUUAAUGUCUUUGCACACUUAUCAGAAAUGAUGAUCGCAAUAUUUACCCGCUGCUUCUGCUCUCCUUUUAAAUUAUGAAUCGCAACCACUCAACUUAGUCUCUCCCCUUCCGCUACGUAGCCAAGAUGGCGACUAUACACGGUGGUAAAUGCCCAGCACUUAUGCAUUUGAUAGACUACUACAAAAGUGCGCCAAUUGAGACACAGCCCUUGUUUGUGUUGGUUUUGACACUCCUCUCACAUCAUGGCAGUCUAACUGAAAGAUGAGGAAACACUGAAGGGAUUAGUUCUUUAUGUUGUCUUAUUUGUGUGUUUGUAUUUGAGCUCCAAGGAGGUUACUGGCUUGAAGUGUGUUGUACAUUUACACACAUGCAGUAUUGUACUACGCUGUGUCUCAGUGAGGGAAUACUUAUGUUUACAUGAACUGCAAACUAAAAAAAAAAUACACGUUUUUAUUUUUUAUAGAAAUAUCAAGUGUAUGCGGUGUCCAAAAGUGCACUGAGAUGAAUUUGUCUUCAAUUCAGCUGCUAAUUGUGGAUAAAAUCAUCAUGGACUGCGUCCACAUUUUAAUGACGACAGUCUUGUGUAGUCGAACAAGGUGAUUGUUUCCCCGGCAACAGCAGAGACUGAAGCUGAUUCAUUGGACAUUUUCUAUAUUCAUCAACCAAUAAAUCAAAUUGUCAUUCAGUUUACAUUCAGAAAAGGUUUUCUUUUGAAAUUUGUUUUCAUUUGAAAAAUGAUUUAAAAACUGACUUAAAUUAACCUUUGAUGCAGUUGUUGAGCUGCUCUACUUGAAAUGUUUUUUUAUUACUGUUACAUGGCUUUGUAACGAGGAAGUGUAAAAGUGUUUUAUUUAUUGUUGCAACAUUUAACUUAUUGUUACCAUUGCUGCUGCUGUUUUGCUCCAACUUCAAAUUUAAACUUUUCUCAAAUUUAAACUCUUUUCAACACAACUGGCUGUGUGUAGGUGUGGAUUUUUUCCCCCCCCUUAAGUAUACUUUUUACAUUAACAGGACAAUUAUUGUAUCUUACUGUACUGUUUCUAACAAUAUAAUCAAUCCCUAUUGAUUUAAGCAAAUACAUUACAAAAAAUAAAUAGACAAAGCGGAAUGAUUUCAAACUACAGCAUUAAACUACACUGACUUUCUGGACACAGGAAGUGGUCAUUACAGUAGACAUCAAACAUGCUGUCAUGUGUCAUGGUGACGCUUGUUUAGACGGUCGUGGCAAACAGGAAGAUCUGGAGGAGAGGCAUGACCCGGAGGGUUGAAAGGUCUGCAAGGACAGCCUGCAUUUGAACAAAUUACAUACAACAUACCACGUGUUACUAUGAGUAAUGUGAGGAUAUCCUUGUCACUAUUGUGUUUGGUAGUGUAAGCUGUGCUCCUGCUAAUCCUUGCUACUUUUAGCAAUAUUGUCAUCUCUCUGAAGUGGGGGUGUCUAAAGUGCAGCCCGGGGCCAUUUUCAGCCAGCAGCUCAUUUUUUUUUUUAAUUAGCUUUCAGGAAUCAGAAGAGCACGGUGGACCGGGUCUUGAUGACUUAGCCGACUUAAGCGGGUUGCGCUGUAUACGAUUUUCAAUGUUACAUUUCUGAACAUGCUUGUUUACUGUUGUUUUGAUUAAUUUAGAUUGAAUAAAUUACAUUUUUGCUUCGCUUAUUUUCCAUGGCCUAAUCCUCACAUUUACUCUCACCAGUUGCAUCUUGUCAAAAUAAUGCGUUUUUUAAAGCUUUUAUAAAGAGAUGUAUAAAUAAUUGAUUUGAAGUAA